AUGUCACAAAACAACGCAUCGCUGGCUGGGAAAGUUGCUGUCGUUUCCGGGUCGUCUCAAGGAAUUGGGGCUGCAACUGUUCGAGAGUUGUCAAAACGCGGAGCAACUGUUGUGAUCAAUUACCCAUUUCCCAGCGAGAAGGGAAAUGCGGAGAGCGUGAAGGAGAGUCUGGGUGCGGGAGCGCAGGCACUCACCGUGGAAGCAGACAUAUCAACGCUUCAAGGACCACAGAAGCUUGUAGAUGAAGCAGCAGCCGCCUUUGGAAAGAUUGAUAUUCUGGUCAACAAUGCUGCCUUUAUCCCUCAUAUCGCCUUUGACGAACCUGGUGACAACUUUGACCAGAUUUGGGAUACGGUAAUCAAUUUGAACUUGCGAGGCACAUACCUGCUCACGCGAGCAGUUUUGAAGUACCUUGCACCACAAAACUCCAGAAUCAUCAACAUCGUAAGCAGUGCUGUUCGCAGCCCAACCCCAGGCCAAGGCCUCUACGUUGCUUCCAAAGGAUUCGUUGAAGGUUUAACAAAGGUGCUGGCUGUUGAGCUGCCGCGGAAGUACGGCUGUACGGUCAACGCAAUCGCUCCUGGCCCUGUGGGCACGCAAGCAUUUUUGAACGCGGACAUGGUCCUUGCGGGUGCUUUGGAGCCACUCAUCCAGAUGACGCCUGUUGCUGCUCGUGUGGCUAAGCCUGAGGAAAUUGCAAAUGUGGUGGGCGCGUUGUGCGAGGAGGGGCUUAGCUGGGUGGAUGGCGUAACUAUCAACGUCACAGGUGGCGCUGCUGUUUAG